UAUGACAAACAAUGCUGUAAUUAACCAAACUAAUGGAUCACAAAGCUGGAAUGCAAAGCCAAACCUACCUGUCCUAACAGCGGUUCCUUCUGCCCCAGUCUUAGUGGAAAUAGAAAACCUCCCAAGGAGCCCGGGAGCCAGCCAGCAAGACAAGAAGUGCGUACCUCUUGUUGAUUUGCUAGACAGCACGGAGUUGCCAGAAACUUGUGUUGAUGAUGCUGUAGGCCGUCCGGUUGUUGGCUUGGCAACAGGAGAUUCAGAAGACGCUGUUAGUUGUCCUCAUCCUGGCACAAAGGAAACUGCUGCUGAAAAAGCAGAUUCUGAUCCAUUUGAAGACACAUUCCUAAAACUCAAACAGCUGGAGACCGGGCACGGCAACCCAGUGCCAACUGAGCGUCCCAACGUAAACAUAAACAUACAGGAAGUGAUGAAGUUGACAGAUAAAUGUCUUAACAAUGCCGUUGAGAGCCCAAUCACAGCAGCAACCUGGCUUCCAGCAGAUAUCAAAAGCAAUAUCCUGAAGGCGCAGGCAGAAGCAGGGCACAAGGUCGUAAGAGAAGAUGGCCUGACAGAUGUCAAGAAUUCAAAUAUUCAGGAUGCUGCUGCGAGGAACAUUCUCCUGUCAAGCAAAAUACAGAGUAGUCCCCCAGCAACCAGUCCAGUAUUUCAAGACCCAAGAGAGCUGCUGAAAGCAAUCCCUGCCUCAAACACCUUAAUUCCUAGUGCGUUAAAUGAGGACAAUGCUGCCUCUGACCACGAAGAGCUGCUGAUUCCAGCUAGUCUGGCUCCAGCUGAGGAGGCUGCUAUUUCAAAGAGCACUCCAGAUGACCAGGACGUUUCCUUAACAUCACUGACAGAGAACCUAAUUGACUUUACAGAAGCCACGCCUCGGGUGUCUUCCCAGCCCACAAUAACACCGAGAUGGCUAGUGCCAACUGGACUGCUUUCCAAUGGGCCUUUGGGAAAUGAUGUUGCCUUAGCUAUGAAGGCAGUAAAAGGCAGCACGGAGACACUGUUAUCAUCAGCUGGACUGCCGCCAUCCCAGCAGGCAUCCGAAGUCCUUGCAAGCCCAGUCACUGAGGAUGCUACAAUGAGAACUAAAUGUUUACUCACCACUGAACUCUAG